GUUACGCACCGCUGAUUCGCAAUGUUUGUCAACACUUCAAGAUGUCUACCGAUUCGUGAAAAAGGCGUAUUGUAUAAAUAAUCGUCUCUAUAUAUUUUUAGGUUUUUGUAAAUGGAGAAUGGGGAACAGUGUGCGAUGAUAUGUGGGAUAUUUCCGAUGCAGAAGUUGUAUGUCAACAGUUGGGAUACGGCCAUGCUCUUGAUGCUAUUCGUUCCCCAGGUUUUGGACCGGGAAAAGGGAAAAUCCUUCUGGAUGAUGUAUCUUGUGUCGGAAAUGAGCGUGAAAUCAUCAAUUGCAUUCAAAACAAUUGGGGGGAAAAUAACUGCAACCAUCAUGAAGAUGCUGGCGUUCGCUGUUCUGGUACUCGGUCAAUUG